ACGUCAGCACACCUGGCCCGCCUCCCAACAUCAACAGACCAACGUUUCGGCUCAGUUGUUCUAUCAUCGGCAGUCACAUUCUACUCUUUGGCCACCGCUCAAUUUAUCAAACGCAUAUUGAUCCUGAGCGAUUCAUCUCGUUUCGCCAAUCCACCGGUCUUGGGUCUUCUUAUCUUGGAAUAUUUAUUUUAUAUGGUCUCGGCUACUCCAGGCGUUUGAACGGCACCCAGCAAAUCAAUAUUACCAUCACUCUGGACCGCAUCCUGAACACGCAACUGAAACGGCCAGGCACCCACUCUCCUCAUGUUGCAAGGUAUCAGGGCAUCGACAUUGACGAUGCCGUCCUUCGGGCAUGAUGUAUCUCUAGCUGGGGUCCAAAAGGCGGAAGGUUACGGUGAAACGGAUAUGUGGAAUUGGCCGCAACAUUCGACAUCACAACACCCAUCUUACGCGAAUCCGUUUGACCCGUCCAUGUAUGGCAACUUUACAUCACAAGUACAACAGCCACCACGCGGUCUACCUUCUCAUCAACCGACUACAACCUCUCAUUCUCUAGCCACUGGGACCAACACACCCCCGCCCGCGAGAUCAAAAGUAGCGGGAAAUAUAGUCAAGGCGCAGCCCGCUUUCAAACCGACAUGGCGGGGGUUUCUCGAAACAACAACAGAUGCCAUGACCGUUGUGGAGGCUUCACUGCAAGGACGUCUAAGCCACAUCAGCCGUAGACCUCACGACAAAGAACGGGCAGAGAUGCUCACUUCUGGAACCGUCUUGGUCUAUGAGGAGAACGCCUCUGGUAUCAAGCGUUGGACUGACGCAGUUCACUGGUCGCCAAGUCGGGUCAUGAACAACUGUCUCAUAUAUCGUCAGCUCGUGCGAGCCCUGAAACCCGAAGAAAAGAGAACAGCUCUAAAUCCCUCUUGCGGUACAAAACGAAAGCGCAAGACUGGUGAUGCAGAUUCAAUGAACAAGGUGUAUGCCAACUUCGCGCAAAGCCUAACUCCGGAUCAACAGCGAAGUUUCUGCGGAUCCCUCAUCGACAGCUACGAGUUCAAGGAAGGCGGUCUGAUGAAGAAGACUAUAUCUGUCAAAUACCAGGGAACACACCACCACGUAAUCUCUUAUUACAGCCUCGAAGAUCUCGUCAGUGGAAAGCUCAAGCGUCCGUUUCAGGAUCCGAGGUUAGCCGAUAUUCAACCCAGACCGGAGCUUCUUCGUGGUUGGAAGGUCAGUCUCGAGGAUGAAGAAAGCAAGGACAUGCCGCUCGUCGCAGCCUAUCCGCACCAUAUUCAACCGAGUCAUUCGCCGCACCAUGUCAUUGGAGCUGUGACACAAGCACUAGCAGGUCACACAGUGAUCCAAACCCAUACUCCACUUCACCUGCACGUACCAGAUUACUGGCACGGACCUCAGGCAUCGCAGUAUACACCGAACCACCACAGUCCACAGCAAUAUGUCUCUUCUCAGUCGGCUAGUGCUCAAUACCCGACUCCACAGCCAGGACAGCAGUAUCAUUCACAGCAACCUCCUCCCCAAACUUACGCGCCUCAGCUACCUCCAACUCAGCAGUAUGCUCCAUCGCCCUCACCUCUGCACUUUCCUCCUCUGCUAGAUUCGAGUCCACCAUUUUCAGCCCCAGUUGCUCCACCACAGCGGUAUACGCCUCAGUCGCAACCCAACAGUCAUUAUUCUUUCGAUCAACCACAGCCUGGUCCGAAAGCUCCAUAUGCCCAACAGGCACCCAAUUCUCAGUACCAGCCUCCCCUUCAUCAUCAGUCUUCUCAGCCUGACCAGCAUACCAUUCCGCAAGCUGCAACUUUUGAUAUACACGUUCCAGUCUCGAAGAAUUCGCCUUUGUCUCAGCAGCCUAGCCAGAUUUCCGCUCCGCAGUACGACGCAUCAUCAGCAUCCGUGCCUUCCCAGGCCUACACUCAGCCGCAGUACCCCGCAGCCCCCUAUCCUCAAUCUUAUUAUGUGACGGACGCAAAGUAUGUGCCGGAACAGCAGCAUGCACCUAGUUCACAGCAUGGCUAUCAAGCUUUAUAGUCGUUACAUCGAACGCACAUUAGCGACAAGAUCAACACAAAUCACUCGGAGCUCGGAAGAUGAUACACAACCAUAUACGAAUUAGUUUACGAAAUGAUUCCAAACGCGAUACCCCUUAACUUGGAUCUCUUUUGGCGAAGGUGGCACUUUUUUUACACAACCAAUUUCUUCGUACAUCUCAGGCAUUGCUUCUGCCCCGCAUUUUUGGUGUUGCUGGCGUCUUUGCGAUCCAGUCUUUAAUUUGCGCCUUGUACACAAACCUGCAUCUUUUCUCUACGUUUAUACUCUAGUUAAAAGCGCGU